AGAAGUCUACGAGGUUGCAGUGGUGGAGAGUCUGCUGAGCAUUGACAGUGAGAGCCAUGGCGGAAUGUUUUCUCCACUUUGUGCACUUUUUCUGCCCCACAAGCAUACCUAAAGGAGUGUUGCAUGUCUUGAAUCAAUGAAGCUUCCCAUGCAGCAUCAUCAUCAUCCUGUACGGGUCCAAUCACCGCUGCCUUAUCCACCCUUUCCAACUUGUCACACCCUCCAUCUUUUUAGCUCUUCCAGGCUUACACACGCAGCUUCACCUCUCCACAACAAAGAGCAGGCGGUGAGUGAGCUUCUCUUCUUCCUCCCCUUCAGUUGUGUCAUGUGGACAAGACUGGUGGCGAGCAAGCUGCUCCACAGGUUGUCGAGCAGCAACUCUUCUGCUGCUGCAGACUUUCCCACCACCACCACCGCUACAUCAAACUGGGACGAGAUCAUCAACUUACAAAGAUCAUGCGACGAUGGAAAGGAAACACGAAAUUACAAGCUGUUUGCUAGUACUUGGAACGUCGGCGGCAUGGCGCCACCAUCGGAUGGUCUGAACCUGGAGGAUUGGUUGCACACAAGAAAUGCGUCCUAUGACAUCUACGUUCUCGGGUUCCAAGAGAUCGUCCCCCUCAGUGCCAAGAAUGUGUUCGGGCCGGAGAAGACCAGAGUCGCUGCAAAGUGGAACUCGCUCAUCGGAGCAGCACUGAACAGGUCCUCCUCCUUCUCGGAAGGUCGACGAGAGGCCAAGAUGGGGGAGCAGAGAGUGCAUCCAGUCGGUGAAGGCACUGCACGAAGCUUCCACUGCAUCCUCAGCAAGCAGAUGGUGGGAAUCCUGGUCUCAGUCUGGGUGAGAGCCGACAUCCGCCGCUGCAUCCGCCAUGCCGGCGUCUGCUGCGUUGGCUGCGGCCUCAUGGGCUGCCUUGGGAACAAGGGUUCGAUCUCGGUGAGAUUCUGCUUGCACGAGACGAGCUUCUGCGUCGUGUGCUGCCAUUUGGCUUCAGGAGGAAAAGAAGGAGACGAGCUGCACAGGAACUCAGACGCGAUGGAGAUCUUCUCCCGGACAUGCUUCCUCCCUCAUCCUUCACUUGAUCUGCCCACGAAGAUACUAGAUCAUGAUCGGGUCAUUCUGCUCGGCGAUUUGAACUACAGGGUCUCGUUGCCGGAGGCCACCACACUGUCAUUGGUGGAACAGAAGAACUGGAACGUGUUGCUGGAGAAGGAUCAGCUAAGAACAGAGGUGUCCGUGGGCCGAGUCUUCGACGGCUGGCACGAAGGCGCCAUUACCUUCUCCCCCACGUACAAGUACUACCCGAACUCCGACGAGUAUUACGGGUGCAUUCAGAGGAAGAAGGGAGAGAAGAGGCGCGUUCCAGCAUGGUGCGAUCGGAUCAUCUGGCAUGGGAAUGGCAUAAAGCAAAAACUGUACGAACGAUGCGAAUCGAAGCUCUCGGAUCAUCGUCCGGUGAGAUCCAUCUUCGGUGUAGAAGUUGAGGUGGUGACAAGCUUGACGUCUCUGACAAGCUUCUGACCGUAUGACGGGUUUCGCCGGAAGCUAACAGGAUCAGUGAUUGGACUGUGUUUCAACCUUUUCUAUUUGUAUACCACUGAUUGAGUAUCUGAUGAUCACUUCUCUUCUACAUGAGAUGAACAGAGAACAAACC